AUGGCUAAAGAGAUACUCGUAAAGCACGAUCUCUCCUUUGCCAGCAGACCUGAACUGCUAGUCUCGAAGACCGUGUUGUACAACUCCUCAGACAUCGGAUUUUCACCCUAUGGCAAUCACUGGAGGCAGAUGCGCAAGAUUUGCGCCUCCGAGCUCCUCACUGCCAAGAAAGUGCAGUCAUUUUCCUCAAUCCGGGAGGAGGAGGUCGGUGCUCUGAUGAACCAUAUUCUUUCAUCUGCAGGAUCUCCUGUAGAUCUUUCCAAACAUUUUUUCACGUUCAUGAAUACUGUAACAUCAAGAGCUGCAUUCGGCAGGAUCUAUAAGGACCAGGAUCUAUUGAUUGAGAGUGUACAAGAACUGUCCGUUCUGGCUGGAGGUUUUGAUAUGGCCGAUUUGUUUCCUUCGUAUAAGUUUCUUCAUGCUGUUACCAAUAAUGAAGAUUUUCUUGAUAUUCUGUUCAGACUUAAAAACAGUGGCGAGCUUGAGUUUCCAUUCACAACCGACCAUAUCAAAGCGUUGGUAGUGGAUGUUUUCUCAGCUGGAACUGAUACGUCUUCAACAACUAUGGAAUGGGUCAUGUCAGAACUUCUAAGAAACCCGAGAGUCAUGAAAAAGGCACAAACUGAAGUGAGAGCAGUGCUAAAUGGAAAGAAAGAAGUACGUGAAGCAGAUAUUCAAGAAUUGAAGUAUCUAAAACUAGUGAUCAAAGAGACGAUGAGAUUACAUCCAUCACUUCCCCUGUUGCUUCCUAGAGAAUGUCGGGAAAGUUGCGAGAUUGAUGGAUAUGUGAUACCCUUGAAGACGAAAGUGAUUAUUAACGCAUGGGCUCUUGCAAGGGAUCCUGAGUAUUGGCAUGAUGCCGAGUGUUUUUUACCUGAAAGAUUCGAAGAGAAUUGUUAUGAUUUCAAGGGAAACAACAUGGAGUAUCUACCAUUCGGGGCUGGAAGGAGAAUCUGUCCAGGAAUUUUAUUUGGUGUGGCUAAUGUUGAGCUUCUUCUUGCAAGCUUACUCUAUCAUUUCAACUGGAAACUCCCUGAUGGGAUGAAUAUUAGAGAUUUGGAUAUGAAGGAGAAAUUUGGUGCUUCCGUUGGGAGAAAGACGAGCUUGCAACUGAUUGCCGCCCCUUUUGAUCUCAAUUGCGGGGACUCCUAAGUUAAAGUGCCCCAGUUAGAUCAUCUUGUAUUGGUUCUUCAGGUCUAUACUACGUACCUUAUUCCAGCUUUUCGUCAUAUUCGAAAUUGCAUUGUUUAAAAAGUAACGAACUAUAAAUACAUUCUCUUUGGUCAUCAUGUUCUUAGAUACGUGCUGUAAAAUA